CUUGGCCUGUGUGGCCAUUUUAACGCUUGGGCUGAACCUAGAAAAGGGUGGGUGGCUUCUUCGAAGUGUAAAAAGACGAUUAAAAGCUCCGGCUCCUGUCAUCGCGGUCCCUCCGCCUCUGCCGCCCCCGCAAGGCUUCGCUGUCGACGAAGCCUGCUGUAGCGACUCGUCGCACCCUAUUCUCUCUACUUCGUUCCCCGCCAACCGCAAUCAUUGACGCCAUGUCGGGUUAUUCGAGUGACCGGGAUCGCGGCCGGGAUCGAGGGUUUGGUGCGCCUCGAUUUGGAGGAAGUAGGGCAGGGCCCUUAUCUGGAAAGAAGUUUGGAAACCCAGGGGAGAAACUAGUUAAAAAGAAGUGGAAUCUUGAUGAGCUGCCCAAAUUUGAGAAGAAUUUCUAUCAAGAACACCCUGAUUUGGCUAGACGCACAGCACAAGAGGUGGAGACAUACAGAAGAAGCAAGGAAGUUACAGUUAGAGGUCACAACUGUCCUAAGCCAGUUCUGAAUUUUUAUGAAGCAAAUUUUCCUGCAAAUGUCAUGGAUGUGAUUGCAAGACAGAACUUUACAGAACCCACUGCUAUUCAGGCUCAGGGAUGGCCAGUUGCCCUAAGUGGAUUGGAUAUGGUUGGAGUAGCACAGACUGGAUCUGGGAAAACAUUGUCUUAUUUGCUGCCUGCCAUCGUCCAUAUCAAUCACCAGCCAUUCCUAGAGAGAGGUGAUGGGCCUAUUUGCUUGGUGCUGGCACCAACUCGGGAACUGGCUCAACAGGUACAGCAAGUAGCUGCUGAAUACUGCAGAGCAUGUCGCUUGAAGUCUACUUGCAUUUAUGGUGGUGCCCCCAAGGGACCACAAAUUCGUGAUUUGGAGAGAGGUGUGGAGAUCUGUAUUGCAACACCUGGAAGACUGAUUGACUUUUUAGAGUGUGGGAAAACCAAUCUGAGAAGAACCACUUACCUUGUCCUUGAUGAAGCCGAUAGAAUGCUUGACAUGGGCUUUGAGCCCCAAAUAAGAAAGAUUGUGGAUCAGAUAAGACCUGAUAGGCAAACCCUAAUGUGGAGUGCAACUUGGCCAAAAGAAGUAAGACAGCUUGCUGAAGAUUUCCUGAAAGAUUAUAUUCACAUAAACAUUGGUGCACUGGAACUGAGUGCAAACCAUAACAUCCUUCAGAUUGUGGAUGUAUGUCAUGAUGUGGAAAAGGAUGAGAAACUUAUUCGCCUGAUGGAAGAGAUCAUGAGUGAGAAGGAAAAUAAAACCAUUGUUUUUGUUGAAACCAAAAGAAGAUGUGAUGAACUUACUAGAAAAAUGAGGAGAGAUGGGUGGCCUGCCAUGGGUAUCCAUGGUGACAAGAGUCAACAGGAACGUGACUGGGUUCUAAAUGAAUUCAAACAUGGAAAAGCUCCUAUUCUGAUUGCUACAGAUGUGGCCUCCAGAGGGCUAGAUGUGGAAGAUGUGAAAUUUGUCAUCAAUUAUGACUACCCUAACUCCUCAGAGGAUUAUAUUCAUCGAAUUGGAAGAACUGCUCGCAGUACCAAAACAGGCACAGCAUACACUUUCUUUACACCUAAUAACAUAAAGCAAGUGAGCGACCUUAUCUCUGUGCUUCGUGAAGCUAAUCAAGCAAUUAAUCCCAAGUUGCUUCAGUUGGUCGAAGACAGAGGUUCAGGUCGUUCCAGGGGUAGAGGAGGCAUGAAGGAUGACCGCCGGGACAGAUACUCUGCGGGCAAAAGGGGUGGAUUUAAUACUUUUAGAGACAGGGAAAAUUAUGACCGAGGUUACUCUAGUCUGCUUAAGAGAGAUUUUGGGGCAAAAACUCAGAAUGGUGUUUACAGUGCUGCAAAUUACACCAAUGGGAGUUUUGGAAGUAAUUUUGUGUCUGCUGGUAUACAGACCAGUUUUAGGACUGGUAACCCAACAGGGACUUACCAGAAUGGUUAUGAUAGCACUCAGCAAUAUGGAAGUAACGUUCCAAAUAUGCACAAUGGUAUGAACCAACAGGCAUAUGCAUAUCCUGCUACUGCAGCUGCGCCUAUGAUUGGUUAUCCAAUGCCAACAGGAUAUUCCCAAUAAGACUUAAGUAUAUGUAAAUGUCUGUUUUUCAUAAUUGCUCUUUAUAUUGUGUGUUAUCAGACAAGAUAGUUAUUUAAGAAACAUGGGAAAUGCAGAAAUGACUGCAGUGCAGCAGUAAUUAUGGUGCACUUUUUCGCUAUUUAAGUUGGAUAUUUCUCUACAUUCCUGAAACAAUUUUUAGGUUUUUUUUGUACUAGAAAAUGCAGGCAGUGUUUUCACAAAAGUAAAUGUACAGUGAUUUGAAAUACAAUAAAUGAAGGCAAUGCAUGGCCUUCCAAUAAAAAAUAUUUGAAGACUGAAUUAAGUGGAAAUUGUACUUUAUUUUACAUAUGUCAUGUAAAACCUUGCAUAGAUGGUCUGUUCCUUGAUCCUAACUAAAUUGACUACUCCUUUUACGUGCUUUAAUUUUGGGACGUGGGAGAUCAGAAGGUCCUUAAAAAAUCUAUUCAUAAAGUGGGAUUGAUAACAGGUAAAUAUUUAAGUUGCAUAAAGACUUUGUGUCAGUACCUCCCCAACACCAGGUGAGUCCUUGGUAUCCUGUUGUGUUAGCAGAAUUGGUGAAAUGAGUUAAUAGUGAAAUAGUUGACAGGAAAUAACUGUAAAGUUCUACCCUGAAGCUGCUGUACAAAGAUAUGAUUGUUCCUUUUGCAAAACCCAUAAUUUGAAAAGCUUCAGAACUUGCUUUUUCAGAGAUUCUAUUCAUGCUCUUGGCUCUAUUGAGAAGAGCAAUUAAGUUGGACAAAACUAACACAGACGUAACCUUUCAAGAUGAUUUGGCCAAGCGCAAAAUUUGAAUUUUUCAGUAUUCAAAUGCAGGUUAUAUGUAGUUUCUAGUUUUAACAAGCUUCCUGCGACUAACUGUGGUCAUAGUGGGGGUCAGGAAUGUCUUUCCAUUAAUGCAGGGAAUUUUAAAGGAUAAAAGACUUUAAGAUCUGUUCACAUUCAAGUGGACUCAAGAAAAAUGGUUGAUGGUUAAUCGAGAGCAUGGAUAACCAGAAAGCACAGUGACUACAGUACAAGCCAUCCUGUUGGGAGCAACAGGAGCCUAUUGCUAGAAAGAUCCAGGGAGUGGCUCUAAAAAUUUAAUUUUGGCUUACCAGCCUUUCUAAAUCUUUUGUUUGAAUCUGUAGAAAUAGGUCUGAAUGUCUUCCCAGAGAGUUUGAUAUGGUAUGUUGACUUUUUUGUUAGGAGAGUGGAGGUCUUUAUGAGGCUUCAUUUAAAUUCUAAUUGAACUGAGGCUUUAAUUUGGUGUUAAUGCCUUAUCUCUAAGAUGUAAAACCAGUUCGGUGGGUUUUAUGGGAGUGGUAUUUCCAGGACUAAUACAUUGAAAACUGGCUCAGCUUCUAGUUACUGAGUUGUUUUCAAUAGCAUGGUUAGUCAAAUUCAUUAUGACAUAAUUUAUAAGAAGCUUUUGGGGUAGAUUGGAGCAUUUAUUACAUAUUUUACUGUUUAAUGUCUUAACGUGGGCCUUUUAAUUUGUAAACACUGAAAAUGAUUGUGGGGCUGUGGAAAAAACAUUUACCUUAUUUACCUUUGAAAGACAGUCCACUUUUUAGCAUGUGUGUUGUGUCCAGCCUGUGGUUGUCCUAACUAAUAAAUGUGAUUUUUUCUCCC